AAGUCCAAUUCCAUUAGUCAUUUACGGAGUAUCUACUGUCAGAAUGAUAGGCAGUAUGCGGCAUGAGUUUUGCCUCAAUCAAAAUUUUGAGUUUUUGAUGUAAAGAUGCAAAUCUCAUAUAAGCGUGGCAGUAUCCUUGUGAAGGCGUUGUGUUCACUUCAGUAGCGCCUCUCAACCGGCAGACUCGUUUCAGCUGUUCCUCCACUUCCACUCCGAAUCUCCGAUGGCAACCGCAUCCAACAACAACCACCCAUACGCAUCCCGCACCCAAGACUACCAAGACCACGACGACGGCGAUGAAGACUUCGAUGAUGAAGCCGAGGAGGAGGAUGACGAUGACAGCGAACCCUCCGCGUCCCCGUCUGAGGAGGCUCGCCUCGAGGCCGUGCUGCGGCGGCUCACUGCGGAUGAGGUUCGGAUCCGGGUGCACGAGGUCGCGAUCCGGGGCUGCGCUCGCACGCGCCGCGCCGCAGUGGAGGAGGCGGUGGGUCCGGACCUCGCGCACGCCGCCACCGUGCGAGACCUCGUCCGCGCUGCCGCCGCGGCCGGCGACCGGCUCCGUCGCCUCGGCGCCUUCGACGCCGUCUGCAUCACCCUCGACGCGGCGCCUCCAGGGCUCCCCGGAAGCGGGGGAAGCGCCGUCGUCGUCAACGUUGAUGUCGCCGAGGCACGCGGACGUGCUGCCGGCGAAUUUGGCGUUUUCGCCAACACCCAGACUAGAUCAUGUUCACUGGAAGGUUCACUGAAGUUGAAGAACCUUUUUGGAUACUGUGAGACCUGGGAUGCAUCAGGUGCUCUUGAAUUAGAUCAGACAGCAGAACUAAGUGCUGGAGUGGAAAUGCCAAGAAUCAGAGCAAUACCGACUCCGCUGGUGGCCCGGAUAUCAUUUCUGUCUGAGGACUGGUUGAAGUCCUCACUCAAAGAACACCUGAUGGGUGUUUCUAUUGGCUUGCUCUCCACCAUGAACCAUAACCUUGCUUACAAUCUGACAUGGCGAACUUUAACUGAUCCAGCAUGCAUGGCAUCCAAUUCCAUGCAAGAGCAGUUAGGACAUAGCCUUUUGUCCUCUAUUAAGUAUUUGUACAAGGUUGACCAGAGGGAUUCAACCAUAAAACCUACACGUGGAUACGCUUUUCUGUCAUCUUCUCAAGUUGGAGGCCUUGCACCAGGGAGCAAAUACUCGCGGUUUCUUAGACAGGAAUUUGAUCUUCGGGUAGCUCUGCCGCUGAGUGUGCUGAAUGGUGCUCUCAAUGCCGGAGUGGCUGCUGGAGUCAUCCAUCCGCUGGAAAGGGGUUCGACAGGAUCUGUCUCACCACUGUUAGAAAGGUUUUAUUUGGGUGGUAACAGGUCUCUUGUUUGCCGCUUGGGUGGACCAUCGUCACUUGUAGGCUUCAAAGCAAGAGGGCUGGGGCCGACAGACUUCAGAACCUGUGGCCCCGAUGAUUCUGAAAAUGGUGCUUCCACUUCUGAGCUAAAUGGAUUGGGAGGUGACAUAGCAGUGACAGCCUUUGCUGACCUGUCAUUUGAUAUACCUCUGAAGCCUCUCAGGGAUCUAGGAAUUCAUGGCCAUGCAUUUGUCUCUGCUGGAAAUCUUGCUAAAUUAACUGAGUGUGAUAUUCGGAAAUUUCCACUUACUGACUUUCUACAGACAUUCAGGUGUUCUGCAGGAUUUGGUGUAGUUGUGCCAACCAGAUUGUUUCGCAUAGAGAUGAAUUACUGCCACAUCCUGAAACAGUUUGAUCAUGACAAAGGAAAGACAGGCAUACAGUUUAACUUCUCUUCGCCCUAAUUUCUUUGGCAAUAUGUUCUCAUCAAGAUGAAUACUUGGUACUUUUUUCCCUCGCUGUUCUGUUUUCUUUUUCUUUCUGGCAAGAACUUAUCUACCAAAUCUCUCGCUCUCUCUCUAGAAAAAGGACUUGCAAACUGUAAGUGAUAAAUUGUUUGUCCUGGCUGUAGAUUUAAUAUCGUGACUUGUAAAGCCUCAAAGCAAAGGAAGGCAAAGGAGGUAGGGAUGCUUCAGUUUUCAACUCUGAUUUACUUGUUCUAGACUGGAAUUGAUGAGAUAGUACUGUGCAAAGAUCUGUCAAUGAGACGAACAGUGGUGGGGAACGGAAAAUUUGUGGUCAAGCUACAUUUUGUUUUCCAUUUAUGGGACUCAGUUUCUGUAGAAAAGUAGGAGUGGCAAUGCAGAUGCUGAAAUACCAACCUGUAGAUUAUGUUAUGCAGUACAGUGUAUUACUUAAUAUCUCAGUUUAGGUUGUGAGAAUGGCUGGUUCUGGCCAAGGUGGAUAUGAAUUGGCAUGCUGAGGAAAGAUUGCACCAUUGUCAUGAUAAAUCUGCUGCAUAUUGGACAUGUAGUCUGUCUUAUGUGAAUACAUGAGCAGAAAGGAUCUACUUCAGUCGUA